CUUUGCUCGUCUCAGGCAUCAGAUCUUGCAGUUCACGUCUUGUAGUAGAGACAGCUUUCGACGCUAAUCAGUCGAAUACGCAUUAAAAUUUUCAAGCAAGAAAGUGAAAGCCGUUUAGAAAAGUCAAGAACUGAGUUGUUAUUCGGAAAUAACCCGUCUCACGAAACUGCAAGAAACCCCAAAAUGUUAUCUAAGAAGAUGCGACUUUCGUCAGUCGGAGUAGAUCGAUCCUUAGUACGAGGGGUUUCAACCAGAGUACCGAAGGAACGCAAGCGGUUUACACCGUGGCUAGAAGAACAGAUCGAAGAAGGAGACAUUGACGGCUUGGAAUGGAUCGAGAAAGAUAAAGGUAUUUUCAAAGUCCCUUGGGUUCGCGUCGAUAAACCGGAGUUCGUCCUUGAAACUCAUGCAGAGCUUUUCAAACGCUGGGCUGAGCACACCGGAAAAUACCGUAAAGGAGAUCAGCCUGAUCCGUCCACAUGGAAGACCAGAUUUCGCUGUGCCCUGCGAAAAAUGCAAGAAAUUGUCGAGAUCAGAGAACUGGGAAGUUUGGAAGGAAGCAAGCCGUACAGAGCCUUUAAGUUUGAGCCGAAACUGAAAGGUGAAGUACGACACAAUUGUCAUAUUUUUUCAAUUCACCUUGCACGCUUCUUAUACUUUUGCUUUUAUCAUCAGAUAAUGUUCUCGUUACUUCGUGUUUUUGCAUACAAUAUGUGCCUGUUGUCUCCAGAGUUACCAUGUGUUCAUACAAAAGCGUCUAGCUUUAAAUCAUUAAAUGUCACUGCUUUGUUAAAUGAACUUUAGAUAGGAACGUUUCAAAACAAUCUUGUUUAGUUUAUGUUGCGUAUUCAGUUCAUACCGUCAUAAAAUCAAUCAAUCCUUUGCCUUUUUUAACGGUCCACCUGUUGGGGCUUAGCGUUCGAAAUUUAGCUACUAAUCAUCAGAGGGACCACGAUGAUUUUGGCAAAAAGUCUGCCUGACGCGCGAGCAUUUCCAGAAAAAAAAUAACUCUUCCAGAGCAACUGUUCUUGAGCGAUAAAUGUUUGCCAUGCGAUAAGUUGGGGUCUUUUAUCAGAGGAGGAUAAGCAAUAUGCUUUUGAUAAAAGAAAAAGUUCAAUUGAACGAACACCUUGGAAGCAGUUUAACUACAGAAUCUUUUUAUGGCCAUUUUCUUUUCCCCUGACACCUUUUAAGUUUGGGAGCCCUCUAAAUAAAGUCUCCUUGAGACAUCUAGCUCUAUACAAUGGAAUUUUGUAACUUUUCUUUCACUUGCUUUACAAAGAAAACAAAACAUUGUCAAAGGUACAAAGCUCUCGACCGAUUACAAUAGCUUUUGAAGACUCCGUUUACUAUUCUCCGUCUUCUUCUGUAAUUUUCUCUCUGAAUUCCGUUCAAUUUGCGAAUUCUGAGGUCAGCCUUUAACACUCUCAGUUCAAGUCUAUAACUAAACGCGAAAUUGCUAUCUCGUGUUUGUCGGCGUGGUCUUGCAGUUUUAAGCGAAAAAUACGUGUGAGAUGUCAUGAUAAGUGCUUUCUAACAAAGCUUAAUGAGCAGCAAAAGAGACCGAAACUAUUCUUUUUAAUCGCAGACUCGCUUUUUGAUGAAAGUUAGACGAGAAAAGAAACGCCUAGGCACGGGUAUGCGAAUUUACACCGGAAACCAUAAACACUGAACGCGGAAAUUCACUUUUCAUCUGUUUCUUCCAAAUCGAACAAAACGUGUGGGUAGCUGUUUUUAAACCCAGCACCAGCCGUCUAGGAUGGGUAAUGUAAUGAGCAGAUCAUGUUUUGAAUUUAAAAAUAAAAGAGUUUCAGAUUUUCGAGUUGAAUUUGUUUCGCUUUGGACGCGUGCUCUAAUGACUCGCGAACACAGUAUGUAACGUUAGAAUUUGGGGGCUAUUCCCUUACCGUCAUUAUAAAGUUUUCAGUGUGUAUGAUUAAAACAUUAAGCUCGUAAUCCAAUUUGCACCUUUUGCUAUUCGUAUCAAUAUUUCAACGCUUCCAUCCAUUUAGCGAUAAAUGGCCCCGAUAUCGCUUAUCACAGAGCGCUGGUCCCACCUAAAAAGACGCGUUAUUUUCAGCUAAUACUUUUGGAAGAUGCCUCAAGUUAUUGUUCGUCAGUAACGAACACUUUUGUCUUUCCACAAGGAAGAUUUGAUAAACUUCCAACUCAUUGGAAUAUUCUAGAAUUUGCACAGGAAGUCGAACUUAAAAAAAGUAUGUGGCAAUAAAAAUUUAUUUAGAUCAUUACUCGUUGCCAUGGGUUUGAAUAUUCAUUUUCUUAUUGAUAAGGUAACACGUGUUAAAAGCGCACGCCAGACGCCAUUGUUUUAAAGGGGGGUUUAUCAACACCGCAAGCAUCCCUCUUUUGUUUCGCACAAUAAGAAUGUUGCUCACUUGCCUAGCUGUAAUGAAACUAUCCCAAAUUGUUUCUGCCAUGUAUGACAUCUCUGGAAAAAGACAAUCAAAAUUUUCCUAAUUCGUUCGCGUCAUGACAGCUUCUCUAUGGGGUUUUUCUUGAGCAUAGCAUAUUUCAACCUAAUGAAAGCAAACUGGCUUACUCGAAAACAAUACGGAAACUUUAACUCUUCGUUUAACUUAAUCUUGAAAUCGGAAUGCUUGGCGAAUUUUUUGCAUUCCUCAAAAUCAUCCGGAGACAAAGCUAAGAGCAGGUACCCUACAGAAAGCGGACAGUCAAACAGCAUUCUAUCUUGGCCUCAAUUAUUUUUGGACUUUAUUUCAAGUUCCUUCCAGUUGGCGAUGCGCCAAAGCAAACAGGAAGACAAAUCUAGCAAGGCACCGGCCGAAUAAGUUUCUCGUUUGCUUUAGAAAUGUCUUUGUGUUGGUGACAAUACUAUUUGAGUGUUAAAUCACGCUUCGCCGCAAUUUGCUUUGCAACCUGUUGAUUUUCAAAAACACUUGAAUGGCAACGUGUCUCUCUGUACUCUUGUUUGCUUUGAAAUGAAAAGGAAAAAGAAAGAAAACACAACCAUUAAAGAAAAAAACAUUAUUUUUAUAAAAAGAUCGUGAUCACGUACAGGCCCUGGAAAAACUCCAACCUCAAGACGGCAAAUUUGAAAGUUUUAUUACAUAGAUCUACUGAUUAGAAAAUAAUUAUGAUCAAAUCAUAAUUCAUGUAGCUUUUCUCUAUUUUGUUAGAGAUAAAAAAUUUAAAUGCGGAAAAGGAAAUUAUUUAUUGUUUCAAGUUUUUUGAAGAACGUUCCAACGCGGAAAUUGAAAGGUUCAUGCACCAAGAUAAAUCUGAAUUAAUCGUGCUCCCCAUUAACAAUAGUCAAGUAACAAUUCAUGCUGAACUAACUGCAUGGCCGUCUUUUAUGUUAGCUAUGCCGGUGGCGCAUUUGUUAAAGAUAAUUUUGGGACAGUAAGUCUGAUUACCAAGCGAGAGUGACCGCAAUGAGCUAGGAUUUUUGUAAGAAUCUGGCAAAUGCGUCGUAGACAUAUUCAUGCUCAAUAUCAUACACGUGGAAUCAAGAGAGACAUCUAAUGAAUGAAAUGAUAAUGAAAAUUGCCCAGUUAACAUGAUAGAAUCGUCAGUGUAACUCUGUGGCGUUUGUGGCUAUCCUGAAGUAUAGGUUCGAAAUCCCUCUCCAGGACUGAAAUUUCUUUGUUUGUCUCCACUCGCGACAAUUAACUUUUUUUUUUAUUAUAUUUUAAUGAAAAUAUACGCUAUUGUUUUCAUUCUUCUUUUUUAUGUAAUUUUUAAUAGACAUUGGAAAACGGAAUAAGAGCGAGAUCUUCUCUAUGAGUGCAAUGCAAGACUAAAGACAUUUUAAAUAUUUUACUUCUUCUGGUCGAGAAAAUAAGUGUUAUUUGAGUGCAUGGUUUUCCAAAAGAAUGCAUUGACGCAGGUUGGAUUGAAUAGCUCUGAGCCAGCCAAUAUCAGUCGAAUAUUUAUCCUUGUUUACGUGAAAAUUACUAGCUCCGGCGUAAUUUCAUUCAUCUUGAUAUUUGAAAAGUUUAAAGGGCCUCGUGGUAAAAGAUACGUAGAAAUCCGUUUAAUCUGUUUCUUUUUAUUUUGGUUGAGGCUUUCGUAUUUUUCGCAUAGUACUUUACUUAUGCGAGAAGUUACGAUUAAAGCAGGAAAUUUAUUACAAGGGCAGAUUUAAAACAUAAAUUUUGAUUUCUCCUGUUGAAUACAAAUUUUGUAAGAGAUCGUGGUUAAAAGGACCAUCAUGAACAGGGUAAUAAAAUUUGAAUAUAAAUCGAAGGUUCUCGUUACAACCGAAUUUGAUCGCAACUAUCGGCCGGUGCCGCGCUGCUGAGAAAAAUUUUUCUAUUCCAUUCAGAUGCGACUGUCCCUUUUGUUAGUUUUUAAAUCAGAAUUUUCACGGUUAAUUUUUAUAAAUUUACAAUUGAAGUGGUAAAACAGACCAACCACUUCCUUAUCUUCACAGAGAUGACUUUCGAUCCUUUUUUUUAAUUCAUGAAUUCUCGCAUCUCUUUAGUAUCAGUGAUGACUAAUUGCCACGAGGUCUUGGAUACAGACGAUUUUUUCAGCUAAGUUUUUAAAAUAUGUUAGCCAAAUUAGGUUUUUUUGUUUCGAAUACUCAGUCGAAAGUACACGCAACAUAAAAAUAUGCGUGUUGUAUUUUAAGUAUCAGCUUUGUUGUAUUCAUAAUAAGCGAAGAAAACUGUCAUUCAAGGGCGGAGCAUAGGACAUAUUCGAAAGAUCACGAAUGAAGAGUAGAGUUUCCCUAUGGCACCUUCCGCAACCCUUGUUAGCUUUGUGAAGAUCGAAUGAUAAAACUCACGCACAGGAAAAAGUUGCUUUUCAUCACUAAAAACGCAACAUCGAUCAUAAAGAACAUUUGACUUCCUUGUAGUAUGUGGUGACAUUCGUGGCCACAAUUCUCAGAGUCUUUCAUUGCUUUUGUCCAAGUGGCAGCCAGUGGAAGAAGGGGUAGUGAACACAUCCACAAUUUGUUAAAUUUAAAAUGUUUUAUCGAUGGCGGUAUGAGGUUUUGAGCUUUUCAGGGGCCUUUUUGACGGCUUUUCGAUAACUGGCUUUUUUCGAAAAGCUUGCCAAUAACUCGAGAACUGAUCUCGAACAAUCUUGUGGAAGCUUUAACAGUAUUUCGCCUCAUCUUCCUGAUUAAAAUGAUAUAGUUUAAUUAACAUAGAUAAGCGGCCUCACGCAACGGCUAGAUCAGGGCUUUAAAUGCGCAAAAAUCUAACUCGCAUGAAAAAAACAGUUUUGCCUAAAUUUAACUCGAAUGAAGAAAGCACAGUUUUAUACUCAAACCUAAGCAACAGCUUUCGUUGCGUUUUAAAAACUGUGCAAAACUAAACUUCAAACGAAUGAUUGAUUGUUUUCAAAUUUCAGACCGUAGCAAUGCCUGCAAGCGUUCGCCUGGGAAAAGAAACAGCAGACCCCCGUCUCUGGAUUCAGUGGAGUCUGAUAAUCUCUCUCCGAUGGAACCGAUAAGGGGACCUCCAGAUCCCUUGGGAGUCGGAAGAAUACUGAAUCCUCUACAGGUAUAGAAUGCAGAAUGUUUUAAGUGAUUAUAUCAAAGCGGCAUUCCUGCGACUACAUAAAAACGCAACCAGGCUACUUAUAUAGCGCAUUGGGUUAAUGUGUUUUAAUUUUGUUAAUACUACCGUGUUAAUUGAUCUAAAUUUCGGUGUGAUUUUGUGCCAGGCAAGACUAUCUUAAAUCUUGAAAAUACGACUAACAUAGAUUUUUUUGUAUAUUUUUGUUAGUUAUUUUUAAAAAUCUACAGAAUUAACUUUGUGCUUUAAUUUCCUUUCCCUUACUAUUUUUUUUAUUGAGAGCAAAUUCGGAAAUGUGUUUUUCCUCAUUAACAGAAGAAGUAGAUCGAUGUCUGUCGUUCACUCUUGAAUAGAUGUCUCCGUUCGGUUGAAUGAGAAAUUUCAGUUCUCUCGAAGACAAUAGACCUCUCUGUGCAGUUUUUCAACAUUCCUCUUUUUUAUGAUUUGUUCGAAAGUGUGGUCAUGCGGCGAUUAAAGUAUUGAAGUAUUCACCACAUAACUACAAAUUUGUAUUGGCACAAUUACUUCUGUCAAUGGCUACGCAGUGUUUUCAAUAUGUGGGCUCUACAAUUGUAUUUGUAGGUUUGCGACGAGUAUUACAGGAGUCCAGAAGGAAACAUUAUAGGUGGUAAGUACGGUCUGAUCAAAUACAGCCGGGCAGAUACUCGUAAGAACUAAUCCUCCCAACUAUAUAACUGUGUAUUUCAUUUUGCUUGCUCGAGUUGAGAUUCAGAUGCAUCAUGAAGACAAAGUCUCUCGGUCAAUGCCGUUCUCAAGUUAUUUUCUUAUCUUCUUGAAAUUGUAUCAAAAUUAUAAAAGGGAUUUUUGAAACCAAUCAUUUAUUACUAGUACUAAAAUGAUUAACAUGUGAUACACUCUGGAGCUAACUUAUUUGUGUAUGAAAACUACACUUGCGCGGGAAGACAUCACAAUACAAGAAAUUCGAGUGAAUUCUUUCAAUAAAAAUGAAGCUUUAUAAAUAAAUAAAAUCGUAUUUUCGCAGUGUAUUUGCUAUUUUCAACUUUUCUUGCCAUAAGCUAUUUGAUUUAGAUAAAGGAAUGGACCGGAAAUUUAUUACAAAAUAAGAGAUGAACAAAUUGGACGCACAACAAUGUUCUCUUUGUUUUGUAACCUUCAUUUUCUCCGAUUUUAAUCUACUCGUGCUCCAGUCAUUCUUAUAAACAAGACCUGUUGUUCCAAAACUAAAUUUUAUCUCUAAAAGAAAGUGAAAUACUUAAACCCACAUUGUGUUGGUUUUGUUUACUUUGAAACUAAUCAAAUAGCUAAAAUUACACUCAUUGUGCUGAAUGUAGAUUGCUGAGUAACAGGUAGUCUUUCGAUUUCUUUGUUUGAGACAGAACUAUAUUAAAUUGCACAGUUCCAUAUACAGCCCAAGGAUUCCGUUCUGAGGAGUUUGAAAACAGGAUUCGAUUAAUUUGUAUAGAAGAGACCUAUCUGCCGUAUUGAUGUGUUUUAAUCACAAUUUGGUCUCGUCCUUUUUGGUAACUGUGCGCCGAAAAGUAUCCCCUGUCAGAUUGGUUUGCUUUUGAAGGACUGCCUAGUUUCAUUAUGCAGAAAACUGAUCCACAAUUUUUUAUUACUAGACUUCGUCGGACCAGUCGUGAUGCCAGAGUACAAUGGACCAGCGUAUAAUGGGGUAAAAUUUUAUUACAUUAAACUCACUUAUUAACAACAAGAUCAACAUUGUCCUUCAUUUACAUUUGAGGGAUAAUUCCGCAAAUUUUUUUUUUGCUUUUUGUCGAUAUACUUUAAGAAGUAUUAUAGCCUCAAAACUACAAUAUCGGUCCUAUCAAGAAGGAUUUUUCCGACAUAAGUAUUUCGGACCAAUACUCCUAAAUAAACCAUAGGGAAUGAGUUGGUUGCAAGGCACUUCCCUAAAUUCGAUUGGAUUACAACAGAGUCAUUUAAACUUAAAAUAAAUACCUUAAAAAUCCAUGGGUUGAGCGAAGUAUGUUCUUGAACAUGAAAAAUUCUUUUAUUCCUCUACUCUGUGCAAGACAAUGAAUGGUGUAAUUCUGGCAUAUUAAAUCAGAAUUUCAGAAUUUCACAGGGAAUGGGUGACCACAGGGAAGGAGCUUAUAACUUUGUUACAUUAGGCCAAGUUAUUUCUUGUGAACUCAGGCUUUAUUUUUUUUUAUUAGAACCCCUCUAACAUCUGGGUAUUUUAUAUCUGUUCGCAGCACUUUCCAAUAGUUGAUUGGCGUGAUUUUGUAGAGCCAAUUAUGUCAGAAGACUGGGACCGAUAUUUUCCGGAUGGUAUUAGGAAUCAGUUCGGUCUGUCCGGCGGAUCAAGUUAUGGAAUGAGGGAUCAAGAAGCUAGCUAUUACUAUCAGGUAUCCACUUACGCAGAUAUAGGCAUAUUAGCCUAUUCCAGGCUUUAAGUUAGUACGACGGAGCGAGAUCGUAGCGGUGUCACAGCGGCAGAGCGAAAACAAAGGAGGUUUGGGUCGGGUCGCAUUACGUGACUCGACCUAAACUUUCCUCGUUUUUCACCCAUCCGCUAUUGCCACGCCGUUUGCGAUAGCGCUGUGUUUUACUGACUGAAUUCCUGGAGCAGGUUAUGGGCAUAUAGGCGCUAUAGAAUAUUAUCAUGCUUCCGAAAAUUGACAAAGAAAAAAAAUGGGAGGGGGACGUAUUUUCAUUUGCUUUUUCGUGGGAGAUCUGGUAUCUUGGUUUUAUGUUGUUACUAUGUCGGUCUUUGGGAAUGAGAUUUUAGAGGUCUUGCGGAGAUUGGGCACCAAGCUUUUCUCAUAUCGAUGAAAUGCAUUUAAUUUGCACUCAAACAUUUUGGCCAAGAAGAAAUGCAAGGCAAAGAAAAGCCCGAGAUAUACAUAGAAACAUUUGAGAAAUAUUCACUUUUACAUAUAUAUGGCUGUUUGUAAUUUAUUGACUAUUUUUUCCAGGUCUGCCAGUGAUCAUUCAGAAGCCUCACGUUAUCUGAUUUGUAAUUCUCAGGCCAAACAGCCUUACGUUUCAUUUAAAAUUAGUUAGGAGAAUCGCGUGAUAUAUAAAGUAAGCACCCUCGAUAGGUUUGUCUUUUACCUGAUAAGGUAAUAGACAAUUUAACUUUGUAAAUUCUGAGUUAAGGGAUUAAUGAACCAUUACUUAUGUAGCCAAUAAUAGUUUUAGCCAUAAGGAUACAGUAAAUUCAAAACCUCUCUCGGGUGAAGAUCUUAAGGGAACAGACAAUUUAGCCUGAGGUUACACUACAGAGGAAUCAAGCCUGAGACGAGGGAAAAGGGGACAGACUGAAGUCCGCUCGCAAAUUAAUUUUCAACCUCCUGUUUGGCGGAAACACCCUGAGCUGAUCAUAAGCUUAGAAGACAUAUGGUGAAAAGCAUCGAGUUCUGCAAUUAUAGGAGAAGAGAUUAUAAUUUCUCGAAUUGUAUGAUUAUGUUAUCGGUACAGAACAAAUUAAACCCACAGGAGAAUUGGAUUUAAUAAGGAGCUGCACUUAAAAAAAGUUGCCCUUUGGCUAGGAUGUUUGGGAUAGGAUUUGAACUAGUGCUCCGUUAAAGUUAUAGUGAAAUUUCAAUUUUCCAAAGUUUCUUCAAAGUUUGAAGUUAAUAAAGUAAGUCUAUUUACCAGUCUACUGCCCGCGUUUGCAGUUGUUAGGAUAUAGAAUUUCGGGAUCAAUAUCAGUAUCUGGGCAACAUUAACCCUAACUUGUUAUCAAUUGACUGUUAUAUAGUAAGCUCAGUUAUGCACGCAUUCUGAUUGGUUCUCACUUAUGAUCUAUUGGAGGGCAGACCUAUAGAUGACGCCAUCAUUAAAACUUUUUUUAAUUCUUUAUGAUAUAAAACAAAUAGAUUCCAAGUUUCCGUGCGUCUGUUCAGUAAGACGCACGGCAACUUGAAAUCUAUUUGUUAAUUGUUGAGUCAGGGGAGGGGUAGAUGGGCAGUUGCCCAGAUACUGAUAUUGAUCCGAAUUUCGAAUCCUUAGGUCGAGGUUGAAUUUUUAAGGUGGCAAUUUAGGCUAGAAUCCCCUUUCCUUAUUUUUCAUUUUUUCAUUGCCUAUUCAUCGUUUUCCAUUCUAAUCAUUUAUUUCCACUCUCUCAGUUUUUAGUUCUCAUUUCUUAGCGCUCGUUACUCACUUCCCAUUCCACAUUAAACUUUUUUUAUAAAUGAUGUUCAGUAACUUCCGUUUCCAGCGCCAUGCAAACGGGUCCUCUUUUACUUAAUCAAUCACCGUGUGAGUUACCGUCUGCUGUUUUUCUUUUCCUCUAUAGUUUUAACUCCGGC